AUGUCUUCGUCGCCGGCUUUCAAGACGGCUUCUAGAUUCGAAACUCUGCAAAUACACGCGGGCCAAAAGACUGAUCCGGUCAGUAAGUCGAGAGCCGUACCCAUCUACCAAACAGCAUGUUACGGUCUAGAAGAAGACGGAAACAUCGGCACCCGAACAAUGAACCCAACCACUGAUGUGCUGGAAAAGCGGAUGGCAGCGCUUGAGGGCGGGCUCGCAGCUGUUGCGGUUGCUUCCGGGCAGUCAGCUGUCUUUAUGACCAUGCUUUGUCUUGCUGGGCGAGGCGAAAGCAUCAUAUCAACAGCCAACAUGUAUCAUGGGGCAUAUAAUCAAUUCAGUUUCCUGUUGCCAGACCUUGGUAUUUCUGUCGCAAUCGUGCCAGAGACCCUACAGUCUAUCGAGGCGGCAAUAGAUGAGACCACGAGGGCUAUCUACAUCGAGAGCAUGGGCCAUCCACGUAUGAACGUGCCCGAUAUCGAGGCAAUUGCUCAGAUUGCACACCGACAUGGUGUCCCCCUGGUCGUAGACAAUACUGCUGGUGCUGGAGGCUACUGGUGCCAGCCAAUCUUACACGGUGCAGAUAUCGUGACCCAUAGUGCCAGUAAAUGGAUUUGCAGUCAUGGAACCUCCGUCGGCGGUGUCGUUAUCGACUCAGGAAGAUUCGACUGGCGUAGCCCGAGGUUUGCCAGGCUCAACCAGCCCAACCCAGGCUUCCACAAUACCAACCUUCACGAGUCUUUUGGCCAGCUCGCCUUCGUGAGUCGCUUCAGGCACCAAAUUCUCCGCGACUCUGGGGCUUGUCUGUCGCCUUACAAUAGCAGAGACCUCCUCAUCGGGCUUGAGACGCUGAGCUUGCGAUGCGAGAGACACACGCGAAACGCCACAGAACUUGCCGUUUGGCUGCGUGACCAUCCGAAGAUUUCGUGGGUUGACUACCCUGGAUUGAAAGACCACUCGGAACAUGCUGCCGCUACCAAAUAUUUCCCGAGGGGUGCCGGAGCGGUCAUCUUGUUUGGUUUCAAGGGUGGCGCCGUGGCUGGAGAAUCACUUGUGGAUGGCUUUAAACUCAUCACGCACAUGGCCUCUGCGGCAACGCAUCCUUGGUCAUCUACACACAAGCCAAUGUAUCCGAAGGAGAAGAUUGACCUGGGGGUUACUGAAGACAUGAUCCGCAUCUCAGUGGGUUUAGAGCAUAUUGAAGAUCUGAAAGAAGACAUACAGCAAAGCAUCAAUACCUAUGAGCAAACCAUUGAUUGA